AGCACAAUGCAAGGAGCAAGCCCCUCUGUCUGUAGGAACCUGACAGAUAUGUGCAACGGGAGAUGAUAUGGCAGGAUUUCGUUCAAAUGUUACGAGGCAAUAGGCCAGGCAGGAAAUUGGAGUAAAGCUGAAACAUACGGCUUUGCUACCCAGAAGCUUGCCAGCGUGUGUGUGUGUGUGAGAGAGAGAGAGUGUGUGUGCUCGAAGUGCCUAUGGCGGAGUUUGGGGACGACGGCAGCCUGCCUCCAUUGAAUCUUGGGGAUACGGCCGUGCCCAGCGACGAGGCAGCUGGCAAGACGCAUUGCGAAGUGUCGGUCUUGAAUGGAGACUGUGGGAUAUCACAAAAUAUGGUCGGUUCAGGCUCCUUCGUCGCACCUUGUAGCCAAGCCGGGGUGGAAACCGCCAACACCUCUGCCGGAUUGGAUGCCAAAUCAGAAAUACCACGCAGGAGCAGCAUUAUCAAGGAUGGCUCCAGACAACGUAAAGAACGAAAGAAGACUGUUUCAUUCAGCAGCAUGCCCACUGAGAAGAAAAUCAGCAGUGCAAGCGACUGCAUCAGUGCAAUGGUGGAUGGCUCUGAGUUGAAGAAAGUGCGAUCCAACUCGCGCAUUUACCACCGCUACUUUCUGCUUGAUGCUGACAUGCAGUCUUUGAGAUGGGAGCCCUCAAAGAAGGAAUCAGAGAAGGCCAAAAUUGAUGUAAAAUCCAUCAAGGAGGUUCGGACAGGGAAAAAUACAGACACUUUUAGAACUAAUGGCACCUAUGAUCAGAUAUCAGAAGACUGUGCAUUCUCAAUCAUUUUUGGGGAGAACUAUGAGUCCCUGGACUUGGUGGCAAACACUGCAGAUGUAGCCAACAUAUGGAUCACAGGACUGAGGUACCUGAUCUCCUAUGGGAAACAUACCUUAAAUAUGAUAGAGAGCAGUCAGAACAACAUGCGCUCAUCUUGGCUGGGGGAACUUUUUGAUGAAGCAGACAGUAGCAACAGCAAACAAAUAACAAUAUGUGCUGCUGUGCAGCUAAUCAAAAACUUGAACCCAGGACUUAAAAAUGUGAAAAUAGAACUGAAGUUCAAGGAGAUUCACAAAGCUAAAGACAAAGUAGGUUCUGAUGUGACAAAAGAGGAGUUCAUUGAGGUCUUUCAUGAUCUUUGCACCAGACCAGAAAUAUAUUUUCUUUUUGUUCAGUUCUCUAGCAACAAAGAAUUUCUGGAUACCAAGGACUUAAUGAUAUUUCUGGAGGCAGAGCAGGGUAUGGCACAAGUCAGUGAAGACACCAGCUUAGAGGUCAUUCAGAAGUAUGAACCAUCUAAAGAGGGCCGGCUCAAAGGUUGGCUCUCUCUUGAUGGGUUUACCAACUAUCUUAUGUCUCCAGAGUGCCAUAUAUUUGACCCUGAACACAAAACAAUAUGUCAAGACAUGAACCAGCCCUUGUCCCACUAUUACAUCAAUGCAUCCCACAACACAUACCUGAUAGAAGAUCAGUUCAGAGGUCCCUCUGAUGUGACAGGGUAUAUCCGUGCCCUCAAGAUGGGCUGUCGCAGUGUAGAGCUUGAUGUGUGGGAUGGGCCUGAUAACGAACCUGUUAUUUACACCGGUCACACAAUGACCUCACAGAUUGUUUUUCGCAGCGUCAUUGACGUCAUCAACAAAUACGCUUUUGUUGCAUCUGAGUUUCCACUGAUAUUGUGUUUAGAAAACCAUUGCUCUUUAAAGCAGCAGAGAGUCAUGUUUCAACACCUAAAGAAGAUCCUUGGUGAUAAGAUCAACCUAGAUGCUCCUAAACCUGAAGACUGUUACCUCCCAUCUCCCUCCGAACUGAAGGGAAAGAUCCUGCUGAAGGGUAAGAAACUGAGCACAAACUGCACUGCUUCAGAAGGUGAAGUGACAGAUGAGGAUGAAGGAGCAGAGAUGUCUCAAAGGAUGAGCAUUGAGUCUGCUGAACAACAGACUAUCGCACCUAAGAAAUUCCAGCUGUCAAAGGACCUCUCUGAUCUGGUGACCUUGUGUAAGUCUGUGGAGUUCAAAGACUUCCCAACAUCUUUCCAGAGCCAGAAGCACUGGGAGCUCUGCUCUUUCAAUGAGGUCUUUGCCAGUCGCUGUGCCAGUGACUUCCCAGGGGACUUUGUUAACUAUAACAAGAAGUUCCUAGCACGAGUUUACCCUAGCCCCAUGCGCAUUGACUCCAGCAACAUGAAUCCACAAGAUUUCUGGAAGUGCGGUUGCCAGAUUGUGGCAAUGAACUACCAGACCCCUGGCCUGAUGAUGGAUUUAAACAUUGGCUGGUUCCGUCAGAAUGGGAACUGUGGUUAUGUGCUACGUCCAGCAAUCAUGAGGGAGCACGUUUCAUAUUUUAGUGCCAACACUAAAGAUUCAGUGCCUGGUGUUUCUCCACAGCUCUUACACAUCAAGAUCAUCAGUGGACAAAACUUCCCAAAACCCAAAGGCUCAGGUGCCAAAGGAGACGUAGUGGACCCCUACGUAUAUGUGGAAAUACAUGGCAUUCCUGCUGACUGUGCCGAACAAAGGACUAAAACGGUCAACCAGAAUGGGGACAACCCUCUGUUUGAUGAGAGCUUUGAGUUUCAGAUAAAUCUCCCAGAGCUUGCAAUGGUACGCUUUGUGGUUCUGGAUGAUGACUACAUUGGUGACGAAUUUAUCGGCCAAUACACAAUCCCCUUCGAGUGUCUCCAGCCAGGUUUCCGCCACAUACCACUACAAUCUCUGACAGGAGAGGUUCUGCCACAUACCUUGCUGUUUGUUCAUGUGGCCAUAACCAAUCGGAGAGGAGGUGGCAAACCACACAAAAGGGGACUGUCUGUACGAAAGGGAAAGAGGAGUCGAGAGUAUGCCAGCAUGAGAGUGCUAUUGAUCAAGGCUGUGGAUGAUGUCUUCAAAACAGCCUUGCUGCCACUGAGGGAGGCAACAGACUUCAGAGAAAACAUGCAGAAUGCCAUAGUGUCCUUUAAAGAGCUGUGCGGCCUCUCAGCGGUGGCUAACCUUAAGCAGUGCAUCUUGGCCCUUUCUCCUCGCCUGACUGGAUCCGACAACAGCCCCCUUCUGGUGUUCAACCUCAUUGACCAGUACCCUACCUUGGAGCCCCAAGGCCUGCUACCAGAGGUCCUCAAGAAAGUUGUCACCACUUAUGACAUGGUGAUCCAGACCAGCAAGGCUCUGCUAGAGAACUACAAAGGGGUGUACGAGAGGAUUCUACAAGUCCAAAAAGCAGCGAUGGAAUUUCACGAGAACCUCUACGACUUGGCCGUGAAGGAAGGGUUGAAGGGCAGGAAGCUGCACAAGGCGGUGGAGAGCUUCACGUGGAACAUCACUAUACUGAAGGGCCAGGCAGACCUACUGAAGCACGCCAGGAGUGAAGUCCAGGAGAACCUCAAGCAGAUCCACUACGCCGCGCUCACCUGUAACCUGAGUAAAGGAGGCGCGGCGGGCAGCUCCUCCGGGUCCUCCGAGUCCAAGAGCAGACGUAGCCUGGAGGCCAUUCCUGAGAAGGCCACUGCGGAGGAGGAGCUCACUGACGAGGACAACUAAAAGACCUACAAAAACCCGGUGCUCUUCUAGCACCCACGUUCAGACCUCUUCUCUGUUCCUGCCUCCUGAGUUCAAAAAAACCCAAAGCUCUCUCUUCUUCUUCCAUCCUUAACCACUGCGUGUCUUUACCCUGGCAUCAUUGCUCCACACACACACACUUACCUGUGAUUCCCACAUUCCAUCGAGAACAUUUCUACAUCCCAAGCACAGCUGUAACUUCUCACAGACUUCAAUAAAACGCCACCACUAUCCCAGGGACACAUCCUAACCCAGUUCAGAUCACAGAACACUCUCGAUGUAGGUUUUUUCAAGUCUUAACAUGUUCAGGUGUCGUACUGAAAGCUGGAAACAUUAGCUUCACAUCAGAUGCUGACUUGCCAUUUAUAGGCAUACGUAAUAUUUACUAAAAAUCUUAACAUCCUGCAAAAAAAUUGAAAGAGCGAAUAUGUAGAAAUGCUGGUAGUAUAAUGCCUUUAAUAGUUAUUGGCCCCACACUUAAAUCAGUCACUUUCCCGAUCGUGAAACUCUUUAUCUACAGUUUAGAUUACAGCAGUUUGUUGCUCUUCAUUCCUCUGACAGUGUUUCUCAUUUCCUGGGUGAGCUGGGAGAGCCGAGUGAACGACCAGCCACGUUUAAGACACUGACUUACUGCUCAGAGACGGUGCACUUCUACUCAGCAGACCCGAGGAGACAAAAAAAAAAAAAAGCCCUUGGAUUGUUGUAAGAGAUUUCUUAAAGCACAAUUUUUGGAGCUAUGAAUGUAAAAGGACCGAAGGAGCGAUUGAAGGAAACGCAAAGUAAGAAAAAGGGGAGAAAAGGUGAUCAUUGAGAGUAGAGUUGUUUACAAUACUGAACUUGUCCAUGUUCUUGUCUGCCAAAAUAGUAUAAUAUACUAUGUGUAUAUAUGGAGUUUCCUGUUACCUUUUUUCUGCAGAGUGCAUCAUUUUAUUAUUGUAUACUUGGAAAUAAGAUUUAUUUUAUAAAAGAUAUAUGAACAUGUCUGUGGAAAAAACAACAAAGUUUUAUUUGCCUGUAGAUAUCUGAUAACGAGGGGUCAUCACUAGGAAAGUGGCCUCCGAGUUUCCCCCACCACCCACCCCCCUCCCCCAGCGGAGAGGCUCAUACAUGUGGAGACAGAAGGACAAAUAAGAGAAUGUAUUCAUACCGUUUGUUGUGUGCAAACAAACAGCAAAGUCUCAAAUAUCACAACCAGCAUUUGCAUGAGAAGGAGCCACAACUGGAUGCUGAUAACAACAACAAAAAAAACAAAACAGUUUGGACGUUGACACAUUUUCGUAUCUUAACAUUUCAUUCGGGGGAUAUUUAAGGCCUUUAUUUUUGUGGCAUGGUCCUCCAAUUUCAAGAGUUUACUCACAUUAUGCUCUGAGUACCAUGUAUUUCACCAAAAAAAUUUCACAGGUUACAUUUUCUUCUAAAAGUCUGCAACCCAUAAAAAGUGACUGUUUUGAUAAAAAAGAAAAAAUUUCCAGGUGUGCUCCCAACCACUUCCCAGCUCCGUCUGGUUUGAGAACUCAUUCCUUUGUUUAUUCGUAAUCAUUCGGUUGAGUUAUUUCACCGACUCCAUUGGACGCAUCUCACAGGAAAGCGACGUGAUACGACUGGAUUGCAGACUUUGAACGGGAGGUCAUGUAUAAAAAUAAAGACUAUGAUUCAAUUUUAAUUGUGCAGUCAAAGCUGUUAACUCGUAUAAAGAUGUGUUUCCUUGUCCAGUAUUUACGGGCUUUGCUGUGUUUUCAUCUCGCAGUCAGUCACUGUUCAAUGCCAAGCGCAGAUCGUCUGUUUAAAGUAUUUCUCACUUCCAGUACUUCGGGAUCCUGUUUGAGUCCAGCUGUGUGGGAUUAACACGUUUUGGACAACUUGAGUGGUUCCUGUCCUGCCCUACAAAUCAAAUGACUCAUGACAUCCCUUCGUUAGAAUUCAAACUCAGGUCUGGUGAGAUAGUUGAAAAGGAUGUUAACUUCAGAGUAAUAAUAGCUUCAUAACCAUCUCUGUUGAUAAAGUAGUGUUUAAUCCACAUUUCCCCUGUGAUUUAAUUGUGCCUCAUUACUGCUAACUAAAAACCUACUCCGUCAGCUGACGAGUAGGAAGUGAGAAGCCUUCACCACAUGCUGCUUCAAUAGUUUCCUUGCUUGCAAUUCAUUUAACAGUCCAUAAUUGUGUCUUUUAACCCAAAUCUUAGAUUUAAUCUUAGAUUAGAAAACGAGUUAUAUUAAUUUACUUCUCUACUGAUUGGACAAAGAAUACCUGAAAAUUAAUAGUACAUUAUAAUCUUAUAAUAUAAUCUUAACAUGAUCUGUGAGGUCCUGUAAAAGCUGAAUGAUUGGAGGAAAAUUGCAGCUUUUCUGACAUUAUUUUCUGUACUUUUGUUCUACAUAGUUGUAAAAAAGAAUAUGACUGCACUCAGCACAAUUACAAUCUCUCUAUAUGGGUAGAAUCACACUGAAUGAUGCAAUUGCUUGUUGCUGAGGAGCUGAGAAAAGUCAACUUCUAAGUAAACUCAUCCAGUUCUCAAUGGAAAAACUAUAUUGGCAUCAUUUAUUUCCUGAUAACAGCUACAUACUGCAGUUUUGGUAAUAUUGACAAACUGCUGGUAAGCGACACCUGACAAUUAGAGCUGCAACAACAAGUCUAGACGGAAAAUUAACCAACUGCAAUUAUUCUGAUUCAGUACAGUAUUGUUUCAGUACCAACAAGUGUCUGGUUCCAGCCUGUUAAUUGUGAGAAAUUAGCUGUUUUUCUUUGACAUAUGUAGCAGUCAACUGAAUAUCUUAAGAUUCUGGGAUGUUGUUGGGACGAAACAAGCAAAUCAAAGGUCACUGCAGGGUCUAAGUAAUUACUUUUCAGACCAAACGAUUAAUCGAGAAAAUCAUUGGUAGAAUGAUCAACAAUAAAAUAAUCUUUAGUUGCAGCCUUACUGACAGCUGUGCACUGUUUGAGGUAACGUUAAGCCUCACAGCUCAAAAUGCAGGUCUAGAUUCAGAGUUUCAAGUUUAAAACGAUGAUAUGAUGUGAAGUUGCACAGAGCGGUAUGUCCUCUUCAAACAAAACCUCUUCAGCUGAGUAAAUAAUAAAGACUCUGCACGCAGGGAGCAACAGCAAGAGUUCCUUUUCUGUUGUUUGCCAACUCACUAAAUGAACAUAAAUUACAGCAACAGUCACAGUUACAGCCGGUGAAAUCAACAGUCGCCAACCUCAACUUUCACCUGUUUCAGCUUGUUAAGACACGUUAUGUAAGUUAUAAUUAAAAUCGCAGCUCUUCCCCUCUUUAACACUGUGAUUUCAAUUACGAAACAGUACAUUGUUCAGCCAUAUGUAGAAACUAUAACCAAAAAGAAGAAAAAAGCACAGAAGAAAAAACUUAAUCAUUAGCCUUAAAAAAAAACAUGAACAUAUUUCUUAUUCUCAUGACACCAGGCAGUUGGACUGUGACAUGAAGCUCAAGUGUUUUUUUUGUUUUUUUGUUUGUUUGUUUUAAAUGUCCGUCUGCAGCUUUUUAUUUUUCCCCUCAGUGCUCAAAAUGUGCUCUUUGGUUUUGUCCACUCCUCCUCCGGAUCGCACGACAAGACAAAAAAAAACAAAAAACAUCUCUGAAUUUCAGUGCUGUGACAGUCGACGUAUUUAUAAUUGUUGAGAGGAUGAAAAAAAAAAGAAACAUUUCAACUGUAUUCCAGUCUCAUCUCUUUAUCUGUCAAAUCCAAAAGAAUAAAAAAAAAAAACCCUCUGAAUAAACAAUGUUGGAUAGA